AUUCAAUUUUAUCGAACGACCGGACGAACCGGACCGAUGUGGAUACUUUUAGGGCAAACAAUAUUCUAGCUUCAGUAGUUUUUACGUCCAAAAAUGCUCCCGUUCUUCCCAUCGCUGAGGCCAGCCGUGGCCAACAGUUUGUGGUUUGCGGUGGACGAAUGCUGCGACGAGGAUGCCGAAGUGAACGCAAUGGAGACCGAAAACCAGGAAUGGAUAAAUCGCAUCCAACAAAUAGGCGCGGAUCUGGUUCCGAUCGGGAAGCACGUAAAUGAACAUACCGACAAUAUGGACUCGGAAGAUGAAGAUGCAAACGACGAAAGCGACGAUUCGGACAACUCGGAUGAGGAAGAUGAAGACAUGGACGACAUCAAUGCGGCCCGCGCCAACGAUCGCAUCGUAAUGGAAACGGCUUACGGCAACACGGAUGAUGAAAUACAACCCAACGAUCUUUGAGCGUAAGCCUCUGUGAAGGCGGAUUAUGGAUUUUCUUUCGUUGUGAUAAAGUCGUUCCCUCACAGCUUGUACACUUUUUUAUAUCUCACUUUAUUUAAUAUGUAACUUGAAAAAACUAAAAAUACAUUUACGUUUCCGUAACUAAAAGGAUUCUACGAUUCCUUCCUUCCCUACCGCGUGAGAGAAUUUCAAACCUAGAAAUUACACAUUUCUUCCGUCCUGAACUGCCUAACUCGGUUAUUUUGUUCUUUCCGCGAAAAAACGCAUCUGUCCCUAUAGGCCUUCUCAGAGGGGUACGAAUUCAAUAUUUCUGACGCCCUUCUUUGAGCCCUGCUUUCCUGCUGUGACUGACUGAUACAGAUACUGGAUGUUCAAAGUAGGGAGUGUUUGGGUGUGUUCUACAUACAAUAAUGUAUUACGACCUUAUGAGCUACUAAAUGUGUUUGCGUGUCUAUG